AUGGACUGGGAUCGCCGAAGGUUUGUAGACACACCGAGACGCUCAAAAGGAAGAAAGUUUCUAAGUAUCUACCUAGAUUUGAUGAACGAAGAGGCGGAGAAAGUUAUCGUCCAGCUGAGAGAAACGGUCGUUCCCCUUCUCGCGGGUAUGAAAUUCGUCAUCGACGUUCGCCACCACGAACCCGAAGUCCUCCUCGACCACGAGCCGACACUUGGGUACCGUCAUCAAAUCGGGGGUACGGCCGCAUACGAAGUCGGUCACCACCAUUAUACCGGCGCCGUUCACGUAGUCCCCCGGGCAGAAACUUUGGUCCAGCCCCCUACGAAAGAAGACGAUCUCCACCAAGAAGAUUCUCGCCCAGAAGAGAUGAAAGAGUCAGAUCACCGCCGCAAAAAUGGUGCUCAAAAUCACCCUACAGCGAUGGUAGAUCACGGAACGCAUCUCGUGGUCGCAACAGUCCAAGACGAAUACGUGAUACAACUCCUAGCAGCCAGGGUUUCCGAUCAGCGAGGAGAGACGGCCCUAAUGCCUUGA